AUCGUUCCAGUGCUUUUUAGGACAUUUUAUGCUUUAUAUUAUGGAACAAAAAUGAUGUGGAUUUUGUAAUUUAUUUAUUAGAAUUGUUAUAGUGAAAGCACAUUUGGAAGAAAAAUCGACACGUAUUUGUUAAUUUUACAACGGACAGACGGAGGUGCAAAGAAAACUUGCCUUAGUUAGUCUUGAGCCAGCAGAAGCAUACCGGUACCGUACUGCAGAAACUUACUGCAGAGUCUUACUGUACAACUUGACAAGUGUGACGUUGCAAAAAAAUAUAUAGUGUAUUGGUUAAAAUAUAUUAAGACGAACAAACAUCUUACAGCAUUACUGGACUGCUUUAGUUAUUGGAGUCAUUUUAAAGAUUUCCCAUCUUUGCUCCUGCAAGUCUGCUGUUUUCUCGUUCCAACACUAUGUCAACUAAACCAAAGGUCCGUAUUAUAAGUCCUCCUAGCAGUCCAGAACUAGAAGAUGUCAGAGAAGAAGAUGAUGAAGUUCUUCCCAUGCAUCACCAGGUCUUGUACGAUCUUCUUGGUGAAGACAAAGCAGAGUCAAUUCUGAACCCGAAGAUGGAAGAGCAGCCAACCAGGAGACAAAGCAUUCAUCCAAAUGGGCAACGAAUCAUCCUUCUGCCUUCAAUAGAUACUGGGAUGGGUGCUGAAGCAAUAUGGAAAACAUUGAAGGAAAAAUCUGACAAGAAGAUAAAUCGUCUCGAAGAGAGAAUUCCUGAUGAAUGGAAACAAGCUUACAGUGCUUUCCUAAGAGACAGACUUGCUCAGGAUAAACCAUUGCCAUUUAGGAGUUUCACUGCAAAAGCAGACGUCCCAGAUCUUGAGAUUUUGAAACAACACGAUUACGUUUACAAAGUUCGGAAAAUACGUAACCACACUAAUGUCAUGUAUCGAAGCUCUGAGAGCAACUUGAACCAUACUACGUUACUUCUCAACAAUAAUCCAUUACCUGAAUGCAAACGAAGCGGAAAAAAUGUCGCUCUCGACCGGUAUUUUGACGACCGAUUUUUACAACAACGACCAGAAUCUGCUGACGUUAAAAGUAUUGAGUACCUGGAACCUACUGCCGGUUUACCUCAGCCUAGGAAUCUACACUUCCUAACAAAUGAAGGCGCUAAAUGCAAAGGGACAUUCUACGCCAAGUAUGCAGAUGAAGAAAACAUGAAAAUGGUGACGGACGUCCCAGGGUACGAAGUGAAACUUCCUCCAUCAAUGUCAGCUCGUUAUUCUAUCAGCGCACCAGGAAACGCUGCUGCAAUGAAAAAGGAAUGGAAAAGAUUCGAAAGAAAGGUUGCUACCCAUAAAACCUCGAGAUGGGAGCCUUUAACCAUUGGAAGUUUGCUUGAAUAUUCAACUAGCAAGUCUAUCCCCGGAUCGGGGGAUUUCAGACGUGGUGCGGCUUCAAGAUGGAAGAAUACAGCUAGUGCUGGAAUAUAGAAGCAGGCGUUAGCAAAACUGAAAAAUUUGAAUUUUGAAAAUGUUUAAAAACAGGGUAUUUCUAUUUUUGUGAGAGAGAAUUGCCAGGUACUGAGCACCCAUUCAUAAGUAAAAAAAACUCAUUUUUGAGCAAAGGAACAGGCACUCACUCAGAAAUGAAGGAGACUCAUCUCUGAGCAAAGUUACGGGCACUCACUCAGAAGUAAAGGAGACUCAUCUCUGAGCAAAGUGACGGGCACUCACUCUGAAUUGAAGGAGACUUUUCUCUGAGUAAAGUAUGGGCUCUCACUCAGAAGUAAGAAAGACCCAUCUCUGAGCAAAGGUACAGGCACUCACUCAGAAAUGAAGGAGACUCAUCUUUCAGCAAAGUUACAGGUAUUCGCUCAGAAGCAAAGAAGAUUCAUCAACAUCAACAGAUAUGCUCACUCAGAAGGAAAGAGACUUAUCUUGAAACCAACUGACUUAUCUUUAAUGUUUUCCAAUCCAGGGUAUUUCCUUGAAGCAAAGUUACAUGCACUCGCAUAUAAGUAAAAGAUACAAAGAUUUUUGCUACUUUGUACGUAAAUCUAUUUCACAUAAUAAUAAUGCGUUGUAAUCCACCUCAUAGUUGGAGGAUUUUUAUAUCAUUAAAUAAUGAUGAUUUAUAUUGCUUUCGACUUUUUAUUAAAAUCAAUUGCAUAAAAGCGAAGCCACACGAGACUUAACUUUAUUAUUGUUUCGUUAUCCUAUAUAUAUAUACUUCUAUGUGCCAAAAUAUGGUGUAAUUAUGUUAUCACUGAUUCUAUUUAAUAUUUUACCUACAAUUUUUUCUAUAUUCAUUCUGUGACAUAUUUUUUUGUGCCAAUAUGACCAUGGUUCGCCAUGUUGGGCCGGUUAUUAGAACGGAAGAAAAUAAUUUUUGAUUAAAGAUAUGGGCGACCACCAGGUGGUUACUAUGGUGUCACUCCACCUCAUCGAAGGUGUAAUAAACUACAAAUUUUAUGGUAAUCCAUUCCAAAAUCAAUUCCCAAACCAGGACUGUACCCUGACUUUAUAUUAAGAUAGGCGAUAUCUUUUGAAAAAUAUUUUUCCAUACAUUUCACUCCUGUCAACUAAUUCGUUAUCCAAUUUGGUAAUCCUUGCAAAAUUUUUAUUUUGUUUGUAUAUUUUUCUUUCACUGAGUAAUAUAUUUCCUUUUUUUCCUGGGGUGUGACACCAUCUCACAGAGAGUGUAAUGAACUACUAGGUUUGCAAUGCUGAACCGUAAAGAUCCCGUUUAUUUCAUCUAUGGUAUAUAACCUUACUUGGAGCGAAAAGCUUAUGAUAUGCCGUUUAUAAAAAUCCCCAAGAAGUACUAACCUCCCUGCCUAAGUCUGUAUUUGCUCGUUCAAUUUUAUGGUAAGCAAUAUUCUCUCUAAUUUUUUGUAGUAUGUGUGCGCACUUUUUUGGAAAUGACUGAUAUUUGUGCAAAAACCUAUGAAGAAAUUUUGGCG